GAGGAAGCAACCAUGCAGGUGCUAACCAAGCGCUACCCCAAGAACUGCCUACUGACUGUCAUGGACAGGUACUCAGCCACUGUGCGCAACAUGGAGCAGGUGGUGAUGAUCCCCAGCCUUCUGCGGGAUGUGCAGCUCAGUGGGCAUGGGGGCCAGAUCCAGGAUGGUGCCCCUGAUCUCUACAAAUACUUCACCAUGCUCAAGGCCAUCCAAGUGGACAUGGACCACGGGCUGCUGCCCCGGGAGGAGUGGCAGGCCAAGGUGUCAGGCAGUGAAGAUGAGGCUGAGAAUGAUGCUGCUGAGACAGAGGAGGCCAAGGAAGAGAGGGUCUCCAGUGAGCUGUAUCUGGAAGACCAGUUCCACCUACACUUCUCCAGCCUCCAUCACAUCCUCACACACCUUACCCUGAAAGCCAAGGAGGUGACAAGGAAAUACCAGGAGAUAACGGGACAGGCCAUGUAG